GAAUCUCUUGCGAGAAAACAGGGAAUAAAACAUAGAAAAAAAAAAAAGAAAAAGCAGUAGGUACGAUGGGGGAGGAAAGCAAUCGGCAGCAAAGGAGAGAAGUAAAGAAGGAACACAACAAAACAAGGGAAAGAAAGGCAACUAGAGACGGGAGAAAGAGGAAAGCAAGGGAGCAGCCAGGCAUUCCCCUCCCUUGCAUUGCCCAAGGACAUCGGUUAUGUUACCCAAGAUAUUACAAGAUUCAGGGAACAGUACAAAAAUUCAUUACCCUGGCUACCAUAAGAAUCUCCUUCAGCCUUGGAGGGGAAGGAGGUAUACCAAACAAAUUUGGCAAAGCUCACUCCAUCUCUUAUCUAGGAGUUGUUUGUUGGUCUGAACCAGGAGUAAGUUCAUUCUAUUGUUCAUCUUAAUGCCUGAUUUUCUCAGAAGCCAAUGAUGUAUCCGUUUCCAAAUAGCUUAAUUGCUUACAGCUCUUCCAUAACAGUGUAGCUCGCUCCCAGAAUUAUGUUGAAACCAAAGCACCAUUGCACUAGAGGUAUCCUGCAAAGGCUGCCACCUGUGGACUCACCCAACAUUCCCCAUGCAGGACCAUCCAAAUUCUACUUAAAAAAAUGGUACCUGAUAC